GGGUAACCAUGUCAUUAAUUAACAUAUGUAAUAUAGUUUCUAAAUCAUGAAAAUGCACGAAAUUAACCAAGAUUUUGUCACAAAACACCAAUAAAAAAAUGGUGGCUUUUAUUGGGUCACUCACAUCUUAAAAAGUAAAAAAUGAAUAUGUUCCUUCGGCUUUCAAAUCUGCUCCCUUAAUGCGUUCCUUCAACAUCUUUCAUCAUUGGUCUCCAACAACCUUCACCUCCUUUCUUGUUUGAAACGUGUUUCCUUCAGAACGAAAUUCAGCAACAUUCUGUUUGAAACUCUUCGACUUCCUUAAAUAUGGAUUACAAGAAGUACUGCGAAGAGGCUAUCCUGAGGGAGCCUCCGCUAACGUGUAUCCCAAAGGUAUACCUGCCUUGUCCUCACAAGUACUACAAGAAUAAGGUCAUCAACAGAGCGACACUUACACACGACCAGCACACGAACCUCCUGGCCACUCCGAAAGGGUUUACCUGGGACAAGAAUACUGGAUUAGCAACUCCUCCAAAAAAUGUUAUGGAAGAAGAUGAAAAUGGAGAACCGAAAAAUCUCGUUCGUUGUCUCGAUCAUAGGUAUGUGAGAGACUUCGUGACAGAUACCUGGAAUGUAAUGACUCCAAAGUAUAGAAGAAAGCUUGAGAGGAUUCUUGUGAAGGAUUUCAAUAUGACUAAAAAGGAAGCGAAGGAAUUCAUUAAAGAACAAAAGCUUCGAAGUGCUUUCUCCCAAAGGAGCCAUCAGAGCAGGGUUUAUCUCAGUGAAAGACACGAAUGGGUAAGAGAAAUCGCAGACACUCUCGCCGAUAAGAUGACGGGCUAUGUGGAGGAAAUGAUGAGCGCAAGAAGAACUCCGAAGGUUCGGAUAAUGGCAGAGACCAUCCUGGGAGGGUUCGGGGAUCUCACGGGGGAGCGCUGUGAUCUCAACAGCCCAAAGAACCGAAUCCAAAAGAUGCAAGUGUUUGCAUCAGAUCGGUUGGCAGUUUGGUUGUCGAGGAUUUUGGGCGAUUAUGAAGAAGAGCUCUGUCGUGAUAUUUUGGUAAUUCCUGAUACAGAUACUUCUGACGAGGAAGAUGAAACGCCAAAAAAGAAAGAUGUCAAAGACAAAACCAAAUCUGAAGAAACCGAACCAGAUGAAUCUAAAUCUGAAGAAACCAAACCAGAAGAGUCCAAAAAUGAAGAGGCUGAACCAAAAAAGGAUAAGACCAAACGAGCUGAAGCCAAACCAGCAGAGGAAAAACCAGAAGAUGAAAAACCAGCAGAUGCCAAACCGGGAGAGACUAAACCAGCAGAGGAGAAACCAGCAGAAACCAAACCAGCAGCGCGUAAACCAGCUGAAGCCAAACCAGCAGCGCCUAAACCAACAGAGGCUAAACCAGCUGAAGACAAACCAGCAGAGCCCAAACCGGGAGAGGCUAAACCAGCAGAGGCCAAACCAGCAGCGUCUAAACCAGCAGAGCCCAAACCAGGAGAGCCCAAACCAGGAGAAGCUAAACCAGCAGAGGCCAAACCAGCAGAGGCGAAACCGGCAGAGGCGAAACCAGCAGAGGCGAAACCAGCAGAGGUGAAACCAGUACCGCCUAAAGCAGAAGAGACCAAACCAGCAGAACCCAAACCGAAAUAACCUUAAGCCGAAAGUAAGCUACCAAAAACAAACAUACAAAAAUAAUCAUUAAAAUGAGACAUAACAAUCUCUUUUAAGUCAAAUUCACCAUACUUUAAAGUAUUUGCAGAAAAACGACUCUAAUGUUGUGAUUUCCGUCCUGUCAUUAAGUUUGUUUCAAUGUGUAAUCGUUUGCGAAAUCGAGCUAGAAAUGCAAGGAGAGUCCAUGGGUUAUUAUUUCCAGAACAACGGAUGAGGUAUACCACAGAUGUGCAACCCCCAAUACAAAGAGUGUUUUUAUACCAAAUCCAAAGCUUGGCUGCGGACCAACAUGGCUGCUGGAUACCACCUGGUCCACAAAUCUGCAUCACCUCACUCCCACGCUGUUUACAUUACAAGCGGUUUGAUAUAUUUUGUAAGUUUAAUGAAAACGAACUCAAUAUAGUUUCUCAAACAACCAUUAAAUGUGAAGUUAUGUGCAAAACGUUUAUUUUAUUAAUUAAUUUCAAGCUCUUUAUUAAAAAUUAAAAUGUAAUACACAAACAAUUGAUCUGUUAAUGGCAGUGUAAAAUGUAUUUCCUUAUGAAAAGACGUAAAUAGUUGGAAUUUUCGACUGUCAGUCAUAACUGCUAUAUGUGCCACAGUAAUACAGUCACAUAUUUAACUCAAAGGCUCAGACUAAUGGGGAUGAAGGGGCGAUAGCUCCCCACCAUCAAUAAUAUGAAGUACAGAAAUUUAAUAAAAAAAAUAAAUAAAUUCAAUAACAAAUAGUUUACAUGAAUGAAUAAAAUACAUAACCCUUAAAUCAAUCAAGAAAACAGGAAAAGUCAAUUAGAUAGCUAGGCAAAGACCCAGUAGAAUGCAAGUAUUUUACAACGUACAAUUUAAAUUCCUAUUUAUAUUAAACAUAAUAAUAUACUUGUUGCACCGUACGAAUAGUAUGCUGAUCAGUGAACAAAUAACAAAUUAAUAUGGAAAUAGGUUAACAAAAUGUAUUUAUGAACAAAAAGUUU